AUGUUCAGCCUGAUGGGCUUCAAAAGCUCCUCGGCACCGCCAGGGCUCAAAUGGCGGUCGCACCCAUUCUUUGUCGUCCUGACUGUCGGCACGGGAGCAUUUGUGGAUCUUUUUCUCUAUGGACUUAUCGUACCUGUUCUCCCAUUCUUGCUGAAAGAUCGUAUCGAUAUGCCCGACUCACAGGUACAAAGUACGAUAUCGUAUCUGCUUGCAGUCUACGCAGCUGCGUCUUGCGCAGCAUCCCCAAUAGCCGGAGUAUUGGCUGAUAAAUUCUCCAACUCUCGACAAGUACCGUUCCUUUUAGGGCUCAUAAUGCUCCUUUUAUCUACUGUCCUGCUCGCUCUGGGACGUAGUGUGGCCGUCCUUGCUAUUGCGAGAAUUCUGCAGGGUGCUUCUGGAGGCGUUGUCUGGACCAUUGGUAUCGCUAUUGUCGUAGAGACGGUAGGGCAAGAGAACUUGGGAAAAACUAUGGGCACGUUGUUCAGUUUCAUUUCUGUGGCUGGGCUUUUUUCGCCCAUUGCUGGUGGAGUACUCUACGCGAAAACUGGAUAUACGGGCGUUUUUGGAAUUGGUCUUGGAUUGAUCGGAGUAGACUUCAUCCUCCGAGUACUCAUGGUAGAGACGAAAGUUGCGGCAAAGUACUCUAGUCCAAAGUCAGAAACAGUCCAUGAUCCGGAUAGCACUCAAGAAAACACUGAGGAGACACCUCUCUUGCCCAACCGUACCGUCACUGAUGAUUGCUACCGUCUCUCCAAGCCAACAAAUCGAUUCACCCGCAACUUUCCCAUCGUCAUGCUCUUACGCAAUCCUGCCCUGCUGGCCUCCAUCUGGAUUGCCUUCAUGCAGGCUCUGCUACUAGGAUCCUUCGACGCUACAAUCCCUCUGGUAGCCUCCGAACAAUUUGGCUUCAAUAGUCUAAAAGCCGGGCUUCUCUUCCUGCCGCUAGGCGGUGCCGACUUCCUUCUUGGACCUGUUUUCGGAUGGUGUGUUGAUCGCUACGGUACGAAACCAAUGGCUUUCCUUGGAUUUACCUGGCUCAUACCCACUCUUAUAUUACUUCGCCUUCCCACCGAGUCGAAUCUUGUCGAAGAACUGGACAAGCCACACCUUAUUGCGCUCUACGCUGGCCUGUUGGCAGCCAACGGGCUGGCGUUAUCAAGUAUCAAUAGCCCUAGUAUCGUUGAAGCAGGGAAUGUCGUUGAGAAGUACUACAAAGCAAACGAAGACUUAUUUGAACAGGCGCCAUAUGCGCAACUUUAUGGUAUCAACAGUAUGGUCUGGAGCGGCGGGCUGACUGUAGGUCCGUUGAUUGCUGGUCUACUGCGGGAAAAGAUUGGAUAUGGGAAUAUGAAUGCGGUGCUUGCUGGUCUCUGUGCAUUCACUGCUAUCAUCUCUGCCUUUUUCAUUGGUGGGAGAGAAGAAUAUGGUGAUGACAUUAGUGAAAACGACAGUUAG